AUGACGAGAACGCCAACGCUUCUGGCGCUCUGCACGGUGUUCUCUAGCACAUCGACAGGCGACGAGUCGAGCGCCUGGUUCCACAGCUCCGUCUCCGAACUCUCCCCGUGCCUCGACGGCACCAGCGACGCCAACAACAACAACGUCGACGACGACUUCGACGACAACGACGACGUGUUCGCUGACGUUUGCCAUGACGACGUCUCCAACUACCAACACCUGGUCAACCAGUCUCGGCAUAUUAUUGCUGGUGCUGCUACUACUGUUGCUGCUGCUGCUGCAGCUACGGGUGGGGGUGGUUCCGGGAAUGGUGACCAACUGAGUCUACUGAGCGCUGCCCGCGAGUCUGUCCGGUGUGGUCGCCUGACGCCGCUGCUGAAAGUGGAGCUCAAGUACCUCAUCCAGGCCAGGCGAAUGUCGGAGGGGAAGGACGAGAUGGAAGUCAGCUUUGAGCCCCGGGCUGAUGCACAG